GGGUCCAAGUGACAGGAGACAAUAGGAAACGGAUUAGUCUGGAUCCCUGAGGAAACGACACAUGGAAGAAGCCCACGUCGCAGAUGCGUUUCGGGUUUUCUGGAAGCAGCUGGACACUUGCGCUCAUCAGCAAUCAAAAAGCUCACACUCUCCCUCUCGGUCUUCCUCGCGCUCUGCAAAUCACUAGUUCUUCUGGUAGAAGGUUGCGGGAUAAAAAAUGGCAGCGUACAGAUGGAAGAGCUUCUUCGAGGACGAAGAUCGUCCCGAGAAGCCUCGCUCGCACGGCGUUACGGAGAUGAGAGGUCCUCAUUACAGUCUCCUUGGCCAAAACGCCCUUCAGGAUAUUUUUGAGUCAAUGGGGCAAUUUGUUGAUGGGUUGAAGUUCUCUGGAGGCUCCCACAGUUUGAUGCCAAAGACAUUUAUCAAGGAAGUGACUGACAUGGCCCAUAGACACAAUAUAUAUGUUAGUACAGGAGACUGGGCCGAGCAUUUGCUCCGCAAAGGUCCAUCUGCUUUUAAAGAAUAUGUAGAGGAAUGCAAGUCCUUGGGGUUUGACACAAUUGAGUUGAAUGUGGGAUCACUUGAAAUUCCCGAAGAAACUGUAUUGAGGUUGGUGCGCUUAAUUAAGAGUGGUGGUCUGAAAGCCAAGCCUCAAUUUGCAGUGAAGUUUAACAAGUCUGAUAUUCCCUCUGGCCGUGAUAGAGCAUUUGGUGCUUAUGUGGCUCCAGCACCUCGAACAUCUGAACUCGUUGAAGAUGUGGACCUAUUGAUUAGAAGGGCUGAGAGAUGCUUAGAAGCUGGGGCAGACACUAUAAUGAUUGAUGCUGAUGAUGUAUGCAAGCAUGCAGAGUCUUUACGGGCAGACAUUGUUGCAAAGGUCAUUGGGCGCUUAGGACUUGAGAAGACUAUGUUUGAAGCAUCCAAUUCCCGAACUUCAGAGUGGUUUAUAAGACAAUACGGUCCCAGGGUGAACCUCUUUGUGGAUCACUCUGAAGUAAUGGAUCUGGAGUGCCUCCGAGGGCGCAGCUUGGGUAAAAAUCACACAUCUGUUCUCGGUUCCUCAUAUUUUCUCUUCUAAAUGCUUGUACAUUGUUAGAACAAGUUGUGCUUAAUUUCUCGUAACUGUGGCACUGUUUGUUAAAUGCCACAUGUUGUAUCCUUUAUUCAUGCAGUGUGAAAACAUGAAUGAAAUGAGAGGACUUUGUUGGUUGUA